GGUCAGAACUGUCACUAGCAUCAUUUAAAAGUACAUCCCUAGACCUGACCAAGUUACGGCUUGCUCCUUUGCUGUCAUCAUGGCUGGUUGGGUGUCUUUUGGGGCUUUGCUCCUUGUUUUGAUGGCUGGUGCUACACUCUGCCACCCGUUGAGUAAGCAAGCUGUUGGGCCUAGGUCAAUUUCAAGCAGUAUUUACAGACCUCGUACUCUAUUGGACCAAAUGCCAAAGCAAGAACACUUGACUCAACAGAAAUUUCCUGUGGCAAAGCCUCCACUUGCAGAUGUUGACUCUAGUCAAUCUGAUUUUGUUAAACCAUGGGUUCCUGGUAAUGUAAAACCAGUUGAGCCUCCUGCAGUUUCAGCCGAUGAAGAUGUUCCCAACCCAGUGGACCCUGAUGAGGAACCUGAGUCGUCAGGCAGUGUUGCAGUCAACACACCUGCAGUGUCUAGUGUUCUCCCCCAACCCGGUCCGUAUUUCCCACCAACCGGGCCCUAUUUCCCACCACCUCCCCCUCCAGAACCAGAAUUCCAGCCUGGUGACUUGUUCCGAUUGGAGAAAACAUUUGACCAUGGCGACUAUGAGUCGGAGUACGAAACCCAUGGCUCCCCUCAGGAACCUCGUCCCUGGCCGGCGCCAGGUCCGCUGCCAGGUCCGCUGCCAGGUCCGCUGCCAGGUCCGCUGCCAGGUCCGCUGCCAGGUCCGCUGCCAGGUCCGCUGCCAGGUCCGCUGCCAGGUCCGCUGCCAGGUCCGCUGCCAGGUCCGCUGCCAGGUCCGCUGCCAGGUCCGCUGCCAGGUCCGCUGCCAGGUCCUUAUGACUCUAGACUAGCAAGAGUAUCACCGAUUGUAGAUCCUUUCUGGCCAACCUACGGCAGGCGUUUUGUGCCUUAUCCCUUUGAUUACUAUUUCUUGACUGGCCAGUAUCCUCCAGGAACCGCAACGCACUACACUGUCAGCUUUGAGCGCGGUAGGAACUACAACCAGGAUAAUCACUAUGAAAAGCACGAAGAGGAGCAAGAGCCUGACUGGCAGUGGGUGUUCCCACAUCAACAUCCUCAACAAGGCCAGUUCUCGGACGAGGUCAAACAUCAAGACCACAGUCAAGUAAAGCACCCGCAUCAACAGACAAAGCAUCAUGAACAAGGCCAUUUCUCCGAUGAGGUCCAACAUCAAGACCACAGUCAAGUAAAGCACCUGCAUCAACAGACAAAGCAUCAUGAACAAGGCCAUUUCUCCGAUGAGGUCCAACAUCAAGACUACAGUCAGCACCAAGUGCCUGGUCAAGUAAAGCACCCGUCUAAGCAUCCUGAACAAGGCCAUUUCUCCGAUGGUCAACAUCAAGACUACAGUCAAUACCACCUUCCUGGUCAAGUAAAGCACCCGUCUAAGCAUCCUGAACAAGGCCAUUUCUCAGAUGAUGAUCAACAUAAAGACUACAGUCAAUACCACCUGCCUGGUCAAGUAAAGCACCCGCAUAAACACCCAACAUAUCCUGAUAAUGGCCAACAUCUAUACUACGGUCAAAACAAUUUUCUUGGUCAAGUAAAGCACACGCAUAAACACCCAACGCAUCCUGGACAAGGCCAUUUCUCCGAUGAGGUCCAACAUCAAGACUACAGUCCGUACCACCUGCCUAGUCACGUAAAGCAUCCGCAUCAACAGAAGGGGGUACACUGAAAGCCUCUGCAGGGUCUUUGAAUUUGAAUAAAUGGAGAAACCUAAA